ACGUCUUUUACAAUAGACAAAAAUAUUGUGCAAAAAACUUGUCUUAAAUUUAGUAUUUCGAACGGAUAUUUAUGUGCUCCUUGACACUGGUUAAAAACAUCUUGUGAAAGUGCGGUUUAUUAAAAAUGGUGUGUGAGUUGUGUAAGUUGUUUGCAGAAAGCUGAAAUGUCUUGGUCCUACUCAAUGUCUUCAAUGUUAAGGUGUUACGAAAUAAACCCCCAGACAGGCCAAAGUGCUAACUUAUACAUGGGGCCAUUAAAGGAUUAUACUUUAAGCCGACGAAGGGCUGUCUGAGAGGGUUGAGAAACCAUGGAGGGACAGGUCAACAUGUAUAAGGACCGAGGCAACCGUUGAAAUCAUCGAUCAGCCCUGAAGAGGGCGCCGUUCAUGAUUCGAAACGUCUGAUGGUGACAAAAUGGGCUCCUUGCCAAAUUUAUCGAUUUUGAAAGGAGAGCAUCGAAAUUUACAGCCAGAAUUACUAAAUAAGUUAUUUGAAAAAGUUGCGACGAAAUUCGGCGACAAACCAGCUUUGAUAUUUGAAGAUUCCAAAACGACGCACAUAACUAACUAUGCGGAAUUGAAUACAAUAUCUGAUAGAUUAUCCCAAGGAAUUUUAAAAACCAUAGACGAAGAAAACAUUUCUCCAAAUAAGGAUGGUGAUUAUUUAAUUGCUGUGUCUAUGACACCCAGUGAUAGAUUAGUGGAAGUAUUAUUGGCCGCUUGGAAAUCAGGAGCUGCCUAUUUACCAUUAGAUCCAGAAUUUCCUGAAACUAGGGUACAACAUAUUUUGAACGAAGCAAAACCGGCUUUAAUCAUACACAAUGAUAAAGGUGAAUAUUAUGGUGUAAGAAGUUUGUCAUUUGAUGAAGUAUUAAAUUUAGGAACAAACAACAAACAAAUAUUAAAACCCAAAACGAAUCAAUGUCCAGAAACAAGUUUAGCAAUUGUCUUGUACACAUCAGGAAGUACAGGGAUACCCAAAGGGGUCAGAUUGCCCCAUGCAGUAUUAUUAAAUCGUCUCCAAUGGCAAUGGAAUGUUUUUCCUUACUCGAAAACUGAAACUAUUGGAGUCUUCAAAACGGCUUUGACUUUCGUGGAUUCUGUCAGCGAAAUUUGGGGACCGCUUCUUAACGGUAUGGCAAUUUUAAUAGUGCCUAAGGAUGUAACAAGAGAUCCAGAGCGUCUCGUCAAAAUGCUGACACAGUAUAAGAUCGAACGAUUAGUCCUAGUACCAUCCCUUCUGCGAUCAAUGCUAUUUUUCCUGUCCCUUCAAAAGGAUGACAACCUUCUCUCCAGUUUGCGAUUGUGGGUAUGUUCCGGCGAACAAUUGGCAGUUUCUUUGGCUCAAGAAUUUUUCAAAAGUGUUCGACAUCCAAAACCAAUUUUGUGUAACUUUUACGGAAGCACUGAAGUCAUGGGUGACGUCACUUAUUACGUCUGCGAUGGAUUGGAUUGUCUUAAGGAUGCCGAAAAAGUACCCAUAGGUGAUCCAGUGGACAACACGAUUGUAUAUUUACUUGAUCCAGAACUGAGACCUGUGGCUGUAGGUGAACCUGGAGAAUUGUAUGUCUCAGGACUAAAUCUGGCAGCUGGUUAUGUUAAUGGACGUGAUCCUGAACGAUUUAUACCAAAUCCUUUGGCUAUUGAACCAGGGCAUUCAAGAUUGUAUCGUACAGGAGAUUUUGCCAGAAUCCAGAAGGGCACUUUGCAAUAUGAAGGCAGAACUGAUUCCCAAGUUAAAAUUCGUGGUCACAGAGUUGAUUUGUCGGAAGUUGAAAAGGCUGUUCUGAAGGCACCGGCUGUUUCUAAAGGUGUCGUCUUAUGUUAUCGUCCAGGUGAGAUGGACCAAGCCCUACUGGCAUUUGUUACUUGUGAAACUGAUAAAAUGACAGGACUACAGAUUGAAGAAAAUUUAAAAGGCUCCUUAGCCUUAUACAUGAUCCCACAGGUUAUUGUUUUGGAUUACAUUCCGCUUUUGGUAAACGGCAAAAUUGAUAGACAAGCUCUUUUGAAAAUGUACGAAAACACAAAUAAUAAUGAUGAUAGCAGUAUAAUAGUGGACAUAGAUUACUCUGGAAUUCCCGAAAAUAAAAUGGCAGCAGCAAAAGUUCUAUUCGAGACUGUUGGAAAUGUCAUUGGAAGGAGCACUAGGGCCCCCUUGAGCAAAUAUUCAAAUUUUUACGAAUUGGGUGGAAAUUCUUUGAAUUCAGUUUAUACAGUCACCCAGUUGAGGGAUAGUGGAUAUUUUAUUGGUAUAACUGAUUUCAUAACAGCAGAAAAUUUAGGUGAAGUUCUAGAUAGAAUUACAGGAUCUGAUACAGGUUUAGCAGAUACAAAAUUAACAGCAUCUUACACAUCAGCACCACUUUCUAUGGAACAUAAAGAAGAUGUUUAUCAAAUGGUGACGAAUAGUUUCUACGAAAAGGCUGAUUUAGAACAGUGGCUGAUGCCCAAUAUAUACAAAAGCGACUAUGCCGAAAUUUUGGACGCCAUUUGGGAAGCUCUUAUCGAAAAAGGUCUAAGUUUUGUUGUAAAAGAUAAAAGUGGUGAAAAUGUCGGAGUCGCCUUAAAUUUUGAUGCCAGGGGAGAACCUGAAGUUGAAGUUACUAGCAAAUUGCUGAUUGUCUUCGAGUUUUUGGAGCACAUCGAGGGACCCGUUAGAGAUGAACGACUUCCACCUGGUUUGAAUACAGUAUUUCAUUCAUUCAUGAUGGCCACAGCCUCGAAAUUAACAGCUCAACAAAAUAUUAGUGUCAUGCAAUUUAUGGAAGCAGAAGUUUUACGAACCGCCACUUCCAGGGGCUUCAAAGGCAUCCUUACUACAAAUACAAGUCCCCUGACACAGCAAUUGGGGACGGACGUGUACGGCUACACAGUAAUGACCGAUUGCCAAGUAAACCAAUAUGUGGCUCCUGAUGGAACCAAACCUUUUGGUGCAGCACCGGAUUCACAGAGGGCAGCAGUCUCUUGGAAAGCAAUUAACUAAGCAAAUCAUCUAAUAAUAAGGUGUGCAUUCAUCUUUUAUCUUUCGUUAUGUAAAAAUAUCAUUGUUAAAUUAAUUUAUUCAUUUUAUAUACAUUUUUAUUGAACUAUUGUAAUAAGAAACACAUCAUUAGAAUAAGAUAUAAAUUAGAUUUUAAUAAGUAAGGUGAAAGGUUUGUGCAUUUUUAUUAAAUAAUUUAAAUAUUUAGAUAUAGUGAGAGUUAGACAAGUUAUUAUUUAAGAUGAAAUUACAAUAAUAGUUAACAUAUAAUGAUUAAGGAUGGUUUUUAAUAUCGAUAAUAUAAAAAA